AUGAAGCAGGAUAUAGCAUCAUCUUCAAUGUUCCCGUGUCCAAAGGGCUUUAUUGAAUGUGUGAAAUUGAGCUGCAGUUAUCAGAAAGAAUAUGAGACCUGUGAAUGUGCAAAAUCUUCAGCGGCCAAGAGAGGUUCAAAACCUUCAUCGCCCAAAAAAGGUUCAAAGUCUUCAUCGCCCAAAAAAGGUUCAAAGCCUUCAGCGCCCAAAAAAGGUUCAAAGCCUUCAGUGCCCAAAAAAGGUUCAAAGUCUUCAGCAUCCAAAAGAAGGACAGAAUCUUCAGCAUCCACAAUAAGUUCAGAAUCUUCAGAAUGUACUGAUAAGUCAAGAUCAUCAGGGUCCACUCCAACCAGAUCUACAAAGCUAAGCUCAAGAAACAUAACACCUUUCAGCCCUACAAAAGCAAGUUGUUCCAAGACCCCAAGGAGCCGGUUUCAAAGUAUACCACCAGGAAUGUCCCCAUAUUGGGCUCAUCACUUGAGGAGGCAAGCCAGAAUCCUGAGAGACCAUGGUCUGGUGAUGGGAAACUUGGUACAUUUUAUGGACUGAGAUUUUUUGUUGUAUUACCAGACAUGAUGCUUUCCUGACGAUGAGAUAACAGUCCAUUAUCUGGCAACAUAU